AUGGCAACUGAAAAUUUCUCGUGUUCCACGGAGUUACCAUGGUCUCAGCACCAGACUCGAACACGCGUGCGUCCCCGUGGUCUUGGAAAACCCAAAAAGCCGCGUUCCAGAUCCUCUCCUGUACGGUUAGUAGCACCUGUGAGAAGCAGUCUAGCACGACGCCCGCGCAGUCCGUCUGUUAGUCCACCGCGCGUUUUUCCUUCUCGCCCCCCGUCGCCCUACGCUGAAUGUGACGUCACUUACUACAACUUUAUCAAACAAAGUGAAGGAUUAAGUGUUGGCUCUGCAUACUUCUCUAAUCGGCCGCCGCCCGAACCAAUCCGGUUAGUGGUGUUAGAAGACUCAGGGUCCCAUAACAUCUUACCUCCUGCGUCCAUCCAGACUCCUUCUGAUUUGCCCGGUACAUCGACUUCUCUGUAUAUAGAAGACUUGCAAGCGAUGACUAGUGCAUGUAUACGAAAAAGUGGGUAUCCUGCAUCGUGGUACCUCGUCCGUCGCUUACUAGCUGAUCUCACCGAGCAUUUGCCUAUAACAACAGAGAAGCAUGAAAGUAACGUCGAUAUAAAAAGGGGCGAAAGCAGGGAUAAUGCUCUGGUACCGGAUAAACAAGCAAUUAACCAAUAUUCUGGCGGCACAGCUGCAACAGACAAGCAUACUCCUGUCACCCCAACUGUCGAUGACGUACCAGUCGAUAGUUCUUUUGACGCUAGUCCCGCUCAUCCUGAUCAGCCAAUUGCUCCUGCUGCUGGCUCUGGUGAUUAUCGUGAUGUAGCAGUACAAGCUCCCAAGCGCCACUUGAGACACACGCGAAAUGAUGUUUCGAAAACAACAAAAGAGGCACAAGCAUCACUGGAAGUAGCCCCUACAAAUGGUUGGAUAGGCGAUGUACGCGCACUGCGUGAUUCACACGUACGCCUCAUUCGUCGGCAGUUACGUCACAUAGCUUGCUUGAAUCGCACUCUUGACCAUGUGGAGAAUUGUCCACAGUCUACCCAAAUAAUGCAGGCGAGAUGUUCUGCGCGCAUUCGUUCGCCAUGUGCCUCCGGCAAUAAUUAAAUAUAUUUUUUUGACCUAAAUAAUGCUUUUAUUUUUAUUCAUUAUUUACUAAAGAUGUCAUGGAUGGAGAGAUCGUGACGAAAACGUGCAAGAGUUUUCUUAAGCUAGAUAUUACAGUAUGUCACUCAGUAGCACAGAGGUCAGAUGCUGGAUUACCUUGUGGCGCAUCACGUUGAGGUCUAUAGAAUUGGA